GGUUAGAGGAAAAAUGUGGGAUGCCGCCAAAUUGAUUUAAGUUAAAUUUUUGUUAUUGUAGUUUAAUGUAGUGAACAAAAGACUUUUUUUACCGGAUUAUUUACAAUGAUCGACAUAAUAGAACAGGUUUCUAUUAUUUUAUCAACCUUGGCAUUAUUUGUGUUGGGUAUAUUAGUCAUUGUUAAUGCAUAUCUAAUAAAAAGAAAUGGAUUUCAUGUAAAUGUAAAUUGUUGGUUUUGUAACCAGUGGACUAAAGUUCUUUAUAGCAAUCGUAAUAGUUUUGACUGUCCAUCAUGUAUGCAAUAUAAUGGAUUUACCAAAGAUGGAGGAUAUAAUAAGGAAAUUCCAGACCAGCAUAGAAUUGAAAAUGUUAAUACAAGUUUUUAUGAUUCAAAAACUUCAAAUGGAUUAUGUAACUAUUGCAAUAACAACCAGCAAUUGAAAAUAGUGCAACUAAGAAAAUUUGUACCAAUAAAUGAAAAUAAUUAUGACCAAGAAAUAGAACAUUUCCAGAAGCAAUUGGACAAUGCAUAUAGGCUAUGUAAAAAAUGUGAAAAAGUUUUAGAGAUUACGAUUAAAAAGCAAAAUGUAUGGCUUUUUGGUAACAGAUUAAAACAUUUAAAGAAAAAAGUCGUCUCACUUUUGGAUUUAAAUUCAUCAACAGGGCACAUAACAAAGCAGAAUAAACAAAGUGUGUUACUGAAAUUAGCACAGUUUAUCCUUAAUAUUUUCUCCCUGUUAAUAUUUUGUAAUUCAGCCUUCAUAACAGGCAAACUCAUAUCCAAGAACUAUAAAACACUGCUGCCAGAGGCCUUAUUGCCUUACACAUUACUAUGGACUGAUUUUUACAAGACAGCUACAAACACUGCCAAAGGUUUUAUUCAAAUUGAAGAAAUAAUUCCUGAAAACAUAGUAACUUUUCAAAUAAAAAAUUUGAAAUUAGUCACUUGUAUUGGCUUACUUAUACAACUUAUGAUAUAUAAAUGGGAAAACCAUGAAAGAAUUCAUAAAAUUAAUAAUCUACUUAGUUGGGGUGUCAUGAUUUUAUCAAUAUGGGGAAAUAUGAAUGGAUACUUUCAGAUACAUAAUAAAUACUUCUAUUUACAUGCAAUACAGACUUUUUGUUCAUUCUACCAAAUGUAUUCAUCGUUAACAGCCAAAGACGUAAUUCCGCAUAAAAUGUUUUUCAAAAAAAUUAAAAAUCGUCAAGAGACUGAAUCCGACUUAUUCGAUUUAGAUUUAGAAGACAUGGAGGAAGAAAAAAUCUCAAAUUCGUCGAAGACAUCGAACGCAUCGGCAAACAAAUCCGAUUGCACGUUCUGCAUAUCGCCAAAAUCUGAUAAAGCCGCUGAAUGCGAUCCAAACUCGAGCUUUUAUUCGGCGCGUAGUAAUUUAAAAGUCAAUAACGUUUUUCAAAACGCUGGUUCGUUUAGGGAAGAGGGGGAUUUACACAAGAGCUUGGAAGGUUUAAAUCUAGGAAGCUUGGAUUGCAGGCCAAGCAUACAUCGCGCGUCAUCGCCUUUUUCCGUCACUUCCAUGCAGUCAAACAGGUCAAUUCUUUCACCAUCCAAAUUAAGCAACUCAUGGGUGGCUGGCGGGUUUUGGAGAGAGUCUGAUGGAAGUGUUGUUCAGAUGCCUCAGUAUAAUUGUGCGUUGAGUAGGUGUUCCAGUCAGAGUUCGGGAUUUUGUUCCAUUAACAGUGAUAACCCCUUUAAUAAUUAUCCAAAAACUGCAAAUAAUUCCCUUUGUGAUUUUGACAAAACUUCAGUGUUCUCUGAGCCUGCAUACCAUUUUGUACCAAUAAAUCCUGGUAAUAUUUACAACAACCCUGCAACUUUAAAUAAUAGUUUUAACUCAAAUAUGUUUUCUAAAUCUCCACAAACAUUCUCGCAAAAAUCGCCUAGUUUGGAUGGAAGAUUUUCAAGCUCCCCUGAAAGUCAGUUGUAUUACAGGAAUGCUAAUACUUUCUAUCCUGUUUUAAAUCAGAAUAAUAUGUUAUAUCUUUCUGCCAACAAUUAUUUGUCCCCAUUACAAUCAGAGAAAACAUUCAGUUGCAAUAGUUCAAGGACUAAAAAAAUUCCAAGUAGUUUGUUUAAAAAUGUAACAGAUAAUUUUAGUAAUAACCCACAAUUACCCAAACCUACAUUUUAGUGUGUUUACAGAUUUAAAUAAUAAAAUUAUUAUCAUUAGUAUUGGUGUAAGGCUUGGAACUUAUAACACUGGACGCGUAAUGUGCGUCAAAAUCAUCUCGUUUGUUUGGCUGCAAUAUGUACCUAUCGUAGAGUGGCGUAGCAGUUUCAAGGAAAAUUUAGAAUAUAUGUUAACUGAAUACUUAAAUAUUAUAAUUGUUAUAUAUUGACAAAAUUUAAAUUUAUUCUUACAAAAUUGUAUGUGGUAUUGCAUAAUCCAAUAUUUAAUUAUCAAUUAGUAAAAUAAAAAGCAUGUCGUCGAAACUGCAACGACUGAAAGGUAAAUGUACGUCAUUUUAAGUUGUGUACGACUCAAAACAUUACAAAACACCUGUUAACACACCUCUUAAAACAACUGUUAACACACAUCUUAAAGCCACAAAUUAUGUUUGUUUACAUGUCCAGUGUUAUGGUCCAUGGUUAAGGCAAAAAAACAAUAUUUAUCUAGUCUUAAUCAGGGAUAAAAAAUUAAAAAUUUCACAUACUUUUGCACUUUUUUUCAAAUAGCAAAAAUAAAUGAAACUUUUAUUUUUCAUCCAUUGUUCUUAAAAACAUUAUUCUUAAACUAUUAUUGUUUAGUUAUUAAUCAAUUUAAUUUGUUAUCUUUUUACUGGAUUAAUUUUUAUUUAAACCAAUGGGAAUAAUUUUGACUGAUCUAUAAUAAUAUUAAGCUACAAUUUAUUUCUGUUAUGUCCUAAAACGCUAUUGCGUAAUAUCCAGGGUCUCAGAUUUGAAUCGGAGACAUUAUAUAGUCAAUAGAACUCGCAAAAAUAAGAGAAAAAAAUUUAUAUGAACUUGUAUGCUUUAAACCUGUUUUCAAGAGGCAGGGUGUUAAAGUUAAUAAAAAUAGUAUGGUCAUGCUACUGCAUUUUAUAUUAUAAUUAGAUUAAGCAAUUAAAAAUGCAAUUUUUUGUUUCAUGCAUUUUGUCUAUAUUGGGUAAUUAUGAAGAAAAAAAAUUAAAUUCGUUUAUCCGCCCAUGACCGUAAUUUUUUUAGAAGCAAAAUAAAACGAAUUUUAUUUUUUCUUGUAAAUAAACUGGAUAGAUAAAAAAUUCAGGAGACAAAAAAGUAAUAACCUAAUCUAAAAAUAAUAUUACUUAAAUUAAAUACUAUAUGUAUAUAUAUAUUACUAAAUACUAUAAAUUACUUAAAAAAGUUGUAGUGUACAAAAAAUAAUAAACUUUUCUUGUUAUUUUUGCGAAUUCUAUUGACUUUUAAAU